UUUAUCAGUUGAAAACUGAUAGUCAACUAAGAAAUACUUAGCCUUGACCAAAGGUAGAGGAGAGAUGUGAUUGCCAGAGUAAAGAUAGGAAAGGCCAGGUCGUUUCAAUUUGAUGCCAAGAUAAUUGAGUAACCGGACACACUGGGUCCCUCUAAUUGGCCUAAUCAGCGUGUAGACGUUCCUAGUGAGUUUGAGCACCUGAACUGACCAGGAACGCAUAGCUGCGGGCUGUGAGGUCUGGUCUCAUCCCCCCGGAAGGUGCCCCUGUGAAGGUGUCCCUGUUUGGGAAGGUGAUGGCCAUCGUUGUCUGAGUUAGACCUGCCUCAGUGUGGGAGCGGUCCUGUGUCACUCGUCUCUCCACCUAAGGAGAUUGAAUCUCUCUCUGAAACUUCUGAAUGUUUUUUUUUACUAGUGGGAACAUUUUCUACACAGCAACGCUGAUGGCUUAAUUUUGGCAAGUGCUGGUGUGGCUUUGGUUCUGCUGUGCUUCACGGAGCUUGAGUCUGAAGGAUACAGGGCUUUCUGGGAUGACAAUAUGACUCACAGUAAAGGAAGAUCUGUCACUCACAAGACAAGUGGCAGUCCAGACACUGGAGGAGGCUUUGUAGACUGGACUUUAAAUUUCAACACAAUUCAGUCGGACAAGUUUUUAAACUUGCUUUUAAGCAUGGUGCCAGUCAUUUACCAGAAGAACCAGGAAGACAGGCAUAAAAAAUCAAAUGGCAUUUGGCAGGAAGGAUUGUCAGGUGCAGUGCAGACCUUCAGCAAGAGAUCAGAGCCACAUCUGGACUACCACGAGUUCUCGGAGCAGGCCUUCCACGGCGGCAGCGGGCACGCUCCAGCCAGCUGCAGCCCCAAGUAUGACGACUACGCCGGCUAUAACUACUGUGAUGGGAGGGAGGCUUCGGAAACCACCGCCAUGCUACAGGACGAAGAUCUGUCCAGUGAGGGCGAUGAUGUUAUUGUGGAAACAAACCAGAAGCUACCGAGGGAGUCCAGCGGCAUCAUGGCUCUGCAGAUACUCGUGCCGUUCUUGCUGGCUGGGUUUGGAACAGUUUCUGCCGGCAUGGUUUUGGACGUAGUACAGCACUGGGAGGUGUUCAAGAACGUGACGGAAGUCUUCAUCUUAGUCCCUGCACUUCUUGGUCUCAAAGGGAACUUGGAAAUGACACUGGCUUCUCGAUUAUCCACUGCGGUAAAUGUUGGGAAGAUGGACUCACCCAUUGAAAAGUGGAAUCUAAUCAUUGGCAACUUGGCUUUAAAGCAGGUCCAGGCCACAGUGGUUGGUUUUUUAGCGGCCGUGGCAGCGAUCAUAUUGGGCUGGAUUCCAGAAGGGAAGUAUUACCUCAGCCAUUCCAUCCUUCUGUGCUCUAGCAGUGUGGCAACCGCCUUCAUUGCGUCGCUUCUGCAGGGAAUAAUAAUGGUUGGAGUUAUCGUUGGCUCAAAGAAGACAGGCAUAAACCCUGACAACGUGGCCACACCCAUUGCUGCUAGUUUUGGUGAUCUGAUAACUCUUGCCAUAUUAGCUUGGAUAAGUCAGGGUUUGUACUCCUGUCUUGAGACAUACUAUUACAUUUCGCCAUUAGUUUGUGCCUUUUUCUUGGCCCUGACACCUAUCUGGAUUAUAAUAGCUGCCAAACACCCAGCCACCAGGACAGUGCUCCACUCGGGCUGGGAGCCCGUCAUAACAGCCAUGGUCAUAAGCAGCAUUGGGGGCCUUAUUCUGGACACAACUGUAUCUGACCCAAACUUGGUUGGAAUUGUUGUUUACACACCAGUUAUCAACGGUAUCGGUGGCAAUUUGGUGGCCAUUCAGGCUAGCAGGAUUUCUACCUACCUCCAUUUGCAUAGCAUCCCUGGGGAACUGCCCGAAGAGCCCAAAGGUUGUUCCUACCCGUUCAGGACGUUCUUUGGUUCAGGAGUGAACAAUAAGUCUGCCCAAGUUCUUCUGCUCCUAGUGGUUCCGGGCCACCUGAUUUUCCUCUACACAAUUCACCUGAUGAAGAGUGGCCACACCUCUCUGACUGUGGUCUUUGUUGUUGUGUACCUAUUUGCUGCUGUGCUACAGGUGUUCACCUUGCUGUGGAUCGCUGACUGGAUGGUCCAUCGCUUCUGGAGGAAAGGGAAGGACCCAGACAGUUUCUCCAUCCCCUACCUGACGGCACUGGGUGACCUGCUUGGGACAGCUCUGUUGGCCUUAAGUUUCCAUUUCCUCUGGCUUAUUGGAGACCACGAUGGAGACGUUGGGGACUAAUGGAUCCUAGAAGCUGUUGCGGGGUCGCCCAGGAGGAGAACACAAGGCAGCCACUGCUGCCCCUCCCCAGCGCUCUUCAUCUGUUGUGUGACUUAUGCCGGGGUCGUCUGCGGUUCACCCUGACUCCAUAAUGGCCUUAACGUACUUUUUAAGGAAUUUGUGCUGAAACCACAAUGAACGGUAUUUGUGCUGCUUUUUGUAGAAUAAAUAAUUUGACACAGACAUAGAUACAAGCUCACACUCUGAAGUUAAUUAGGAAAGAAUAUAGGAUGUUUACAAUGAAUAAUUUUGAAACCACAGAGCUAGCAGAAAUACACUUUAUUAUUAAGUUAAGUUUAUAGUGCAAGGUUAGAGGCAGGGGAGCCUUAGCCACCUUUGUCCUACAGCUGUCUCCCUGCAGCGGAGGCUGUGACGGGAAAGGGACCAGCCGAGCUUCCCUAAGUGUUAAUUAUGCCCUCCUCCGCGGGAGCAAGACUGCCAAUCACUUAUUCCUAAACUGACUAAUUCCUUCUGCUGAACGCGUGACAGACUGACUUGUAUUGUGUGUAAAACUGCCCUGUGCCAAUGCUCAUUUUAUUUCAAGUUCUCAACAGGUGAUGCUUUAGGAAAAGAGGCUCGCCAUGCCGCCCCUGCAGGACUUCAGUUUGCAGGCCCCUUGCUCUGGUUCCCUCCUCCUGACCCUAAAAGCAGUGGGCCGUUUUGUUCAUUUGGAAAAUGUUGAUCUGAUUUAGAAAAUGGUCAUCAGAGCAGAAAAUCAGUUGAGCUGUAUUUGUGGGCACAGGAUUGUGUGUGUGUGUGUGUGUGUGUGUGUGUGUCCGUGCAAAUAUGUGCCAACAUGUGUGUAUAUGUAUGUUCAAGAGUGUGAGCAUGUAUAAUAAGCAUAUGUGAGUGUAUGUGUGCACGUGUGUGAAGAGAGAGACAGAGACAGAUAGAGACCAGAGAGAGACAGGCAGAUAAACAGACAAAGUAAUUCCUUUUUCUAAAGUAAGUCCCAUUUAAUAUAAAACUGCUGAGGGAAUAGAGUGCCCAUGACGUUGACUGUCACUGUGAGUUGGCGUUGUGUAACCAGUGGGUGGCUGUAAAUAUACUGAGGAAGUAUUCUUAUUAUUGUGGAGGCUGUGGUUUAGAGUUAUAUAUUUUUGCUUACGUUUAAACUUCAUUCAAUUCUUCUGCCUUAUAAUCAGACUUUGAAGGCAUGGUUUGAACUAAUUAUGGAUCUCUCCUUUAGAGAGUUGUAAUGUCACAGAGUGAACGUUCUGACAAAAUAAGCAUAAAGUUUACAUUGAUGAAUAUUUAGUUGCAAAGAUUAUUUUAUGUUUUAAAAAAUUAAUAUACCUUUCUUUUUAUUAUAAGGUAUUUGUGAAUUUGGGUUUUGCAUUUGGGCUGUACAUUCUUUUGUUUUGAGACAGCCUUGCUCUGUCUCCCGGGCUGGUCUUGAACCUGGGGCCUAUCCACCGAGCUUCUUUUCUUGAACUCGCAGAGUCAGUCCGAGUGUCAGCCCUGGCCAUCAGUGUGCAGGGGCCGACAGCAGUCCUCUCCCGUCUGGAUCUUAGAGCAGGGACAGAGGGAUGCAGAGGAGUGACAUUUUUAAGACUGCACAGAUGCAAAGUGACCAGACUGUUCUAGACCUGUAGACUUUGCUGUGUCCAUCUGCCCAACCCCCCAAAGCACACAAACUCUCCACCCCCUUACCUGAGAGGAAGCCGGCAAGAGAAAGUCCAGUCCAGUGUUCCUAGUCUUCAGAAUUGCAGGGAUGCCUCCACCGAACGUCUUGGUGGUCAGCACAGCCAGCUCGGAGCUAGUCAUGUUCCUAAUGUCAGAGAGACUGUAAAUGAAAUAAUGAAUACUAUAACUUAUAAAAUACUUUCCACUUUAUGAUGAAGACUUUUGAUUAUAAAACAACACCUCAUUUCUUUUCCUUUUGUUUUUGUUUUGUUUUUCGAGACUGGGUUUCUCCCUGUGUAGUCCUAGCUGUCCUGGAACUCGCUCUGUAGACCAGGCUGGCCUGAAACUCACAGAGAUCCACCUGCCUCUGCCUCCCGAGCACUGGGAUUGAAGGCGUGCACAGCCACCGCCUGGUGAUGCCUCUAAGCACCAGCUCUCUUCCUAGAGUUACUGUGCCACAGGAGGAUAACAGGCAGCUGAUGCUCAGCCUUUGUCAGGACAGCAAACCGUCUAGGAUGAGUGCAAUUGGCAAAAAACGGACGCGGCCUGAAUGGGCUGUAAAAGGAUAUACAUUUCUUUAAAAACAAUUGCAGAUCUUUGAAAGUCUUCAUGUAAGCAUAUAAGUUUUAUUUACCCAUAAAAUUUAUUAUCAGUCUUAGGUAAACUAACAGUAUUUUUAUACCACAAAAAAACCCUACUUUCCAAAACUCUUAUUCUGUUAAUUUACCAGGCACAUUCUACACACAGCUAAAUAAACCAUAUUUUUUUAUUCUUGACCAUCCACCUUUUUUUUUUUGAAAUUUCCAAAGUUUCUUAGAGGCUAAUAAAAUAGAAACACGUGGAGGAUGUCUUGUAGAGACAUCAGAACACCUCACACCAUAAGCUGUCCGUGAUGUAGUCAAAUGAGUCCUUUAAAGUCUCUCGGGUGGGGCGUCCCUUCCUCCCUGUGUCUAAGGUAUAGUUUACCCACAGACAGUGGACUCUGGCACCUUGGAAUUGUGAAAACCCAGUCAAAAUAAAAUGUGAGAAGCA